GGCCGCCGAUCAGCAGGUGAGCUCAAACGGCGCCUGACUCACAGCGGGCAAAAUGCCGGCCGGCAACCACGCGAUGAUGCUGACAGAGUUUGAGUUUGAGAGACGCUUUGACCCAACUGAGGUCAUCCGCUGGAUGAAGGACAACUGCUUCUUCUUUGUGGAUGGCGCCUGUGAACUCCGCGAUGUCCGGCCCAGAGAACUCCCGCCAGCCAGACUGCUCCGAGCCUCGUGCGUCUCCAGAUCCAGAUAUCGCGGAGGAGUCGGUCGUCGCCUCGGCCCUUUGAGGAGCACAAGUCAGACGUUGGACGAAAAGCGAGCCGACAUCCACGACAAUCUUAAAAUCUGUUGUCAGAGGAGAGAUGGCGGCUGUUACGGAGUAAUUCAAGAGCAUUUUCUCGUCCCAUAGCGGGGCCAUCGCGAGCCUGGAGGUCGCUGGUAAUGCUAAUGCUAACGAGUUGACCGAACUCUGCGCUAUUGUCAACAAGUGGAUCUCCUCUCUAAAAAAUGCGAUGAUCUGGAGGUGGAAUACAUUUCCAGUGGUUGGCCUUCCGGGGGGUGUGAUGUCACCCGUCCAACUGCGUUCCCCGCUCGGUUCUUACAGGAGGUGCUGAAGUUUGACAGCAAGCCCAUGUUGAACAGAGCUCACAGGAUCCUGCGUGCGAGGCCUAAAGAUGGCGAACCUCCUCGAGUGAAUUUAUUUCAAGUCUGGAAACAGAUCCUACGAAGGGCGGGAGAGGCUUCACGGCUAUCCCGUUUAGGCAAGAGGAUAUCAAUGUUUCCCGACUUCCUCCCGGCCAUGGUUCAGAGCUGCCUUUGCUGGGUUUGUCAUUUGUGAUCUGCGCUUUGUACGUCGCCCUGGUGUUUGGAGGUCAGCACUACAUGAGGCCCCGCCCUAAAAUGAACCUAAGGAUGCCAAUGGCAGUGUGGUCGCUCGCCCUUGCUAUCUUCAGCAUCAUGGGCGCCGUGCGUACGGGGUCCUUCAUGCUUCACAUCAUCAACAACGGUGGUAUCUGGCGCUCCGUGUGUGACCAGAUCAUUUAUGAUGGACCCGUCAGUAAGUUCUGGGCCUGCGCCUUCAUGGUGAGCAAGGUGCCAGAGCUGGGCGACACGGUCUUCAUCGUGCUGAGGAAGCAGCGCCUCCUCUUCCUGCACUGGUACCACCACAUCACGGUGCUGCUCUACUCCUGGCACUCCUACAAAGACAUGGUGGCGGGCGGCGGCUGGUUCAUGACCGUUAACUACACAGUGCACGCGCUCAUGUACAGCUACUACACCGCGCGCGCCGCCAGACUGCGGGUGCCCCGCGCCCUGGCCAUGGUCGUCACGAUCGCCCAGUUGCUGCAGAUGGUGGUAGGCCUGGCGGUGACCGGGCUGGCGUACCGCUGGACGCAACACGGCGACUGCCCCUCCAGCAUGGUCAACAUCGCCUGGGGGGCACUCAUGUACCUCAGCUACCUGCUUCUCUUCCUCAGCUUCUUCUACCACGCGUACCUGCAGCCCAGCAAGAGCGCCAAAGCCGAGUAGGAGGAGCUUAUGGCACAAGUUUGCGCCACUUCCGUUUGAAGAUGAGUCAUAAAUGGUCAUUUCCGGUCUUUUACAUUCACUUAAACAUCUGGAUUAGCACAAACCAGACUUACGUGCAGAGCUGUCCAAACUAGUGUGGCCCGCCUACGUCUGCAAUUUGGCCCGCAAUAUGUCAUGAGUUUAAUAAGGAAUCUUAUAGUCUGACAAUUUUGGUGAUCUUAUUAUGUCGACAUCUGGUGGACAAUGAAAAUAUUGCAGGUCCAUGACUUAUAAUUACAGUCAGAGUAGAAGACUGGCUGUGCAGUAUUUACUUCUAUGGCCCAAUGCAAACAACCUUCCCUAAUCAUGGUCCAAAUUGUCAACACACAUGGUCACGCAUAACACAAAAUGCUCACUGAACUUUGUGGAGAGUGUACAACAAAUGUCUAUGUGAUUUAGGGCUGUAUAAAUAAUCAUUGAUUAAUUGACUGAUAUGCAACAUAAAAUAUAAAAAAUUACACAUAUUUCAAUCCAUUACAAAAGCAUGAUGGGAAAAACGCAAAACACUCUCCAGACUUACAGUAUCCAUGCUUGAUAUUUCUGAUUGAUUACAAAACUUUUGACUUACAAAACGGAAGUAAACAAGGUGAAGUCGAACAUUCACAUACUCUUAAUAUCCGGUUGUAUUAAUUACAAAUCCAUUAUAUUAAUAUAAUGUGUACACACAUUUGUAUAUAGGAUAUAUAUUAUAUAUUAUUAUGUACACCCCAGUAUACUGUAUAUGUAUAUAUCUAUAUAUUAUGCAUAUAUAAGUACAUACAUAUACACCUAUGUACAUAUAUAUUUAUAAAUGUAUACAUACAUACAUAACUAUGUAUACAUAUAUACAGUAUGUAUACCUAUUUGGUACAUGUAUAUGCAUAUGUAAAUAUACAUAUAUUUAUACAUAUAUAUAUAUAUGUAAAUAUACAUAUAUAUAUAUAUAUACACACACAUCUAUACAGUAUAUACACACACAUACAGUAUAUAUAAACAUAUAUAUAUAUAUUUAUAAAACGUAUGUAUACAUAUAUGUAUAUUUAUAUAUAUACAUAUACACAUAUAUAUAUAUACAUUUUAUAUACAUAUACACUGUACAUAUACAUUAAAUAUGAGUACAUAUGCAUUAUAUAUAGACAUUUACAUUAUACUGUAUAUAUGUACAUACAUAAAUACAUAUAUAUUGACAUAUUUAUAUACAUAUACAUACAUACAUAUAUACACAUAUAUAUGUAUAUACACAUGUAUACAUGCAUAUAUAUAUAUAUAUAUAUAUAUAUAUACUGUAUAUGUACACCAUGCUGGUGGCCAUGGGUCGCAACGACGGCGGGGGUCAACUGCCUGGCUUUAGUGCCAUGACUGACAAGCACCGGAACACAAUAGAACAUCAAGUCUUCCUUUAGUGGAACCCAAAGUGAAAUCAUUGGCCCCGCCCCUCAUGUUGCUUGCAGCCUAUCAGGUGCAGCCAAAUAUUACCUCUCUGUUAGAGUCUUGACUGGUCAUUUAUAUCUCUUCUCACAAAGCACUGAUGUUUACCUGACGUGUUGCCAUGGUAACAUGAAACCUUUAUAUAAUGUAUUAUUUUGUGUGACGAACAAGAUGAUUUAUACAUAAAUGUUUCAAACAUGA